CUAUCUCGCCUAUUCUAUUCUGCUCAAUUCGCUUCAAGCUUGCAAGCGAGCAGUUUCAUUCUCCGUCGAACAUCAGCCCCCGGCUCGUUCAUCUUGAGCAACUUGCCUGUUCAGGAUGUGCAUACACAAGGAACAAAGGAAGAAUGGAAAUACUUAGCACAUUGACAGUCUUGCAGAAAAUCAUUUCCUUGUCACUCUCCUUCCUCCCAAACACCCACACCUUUUUCCUUCAAUCCACUCUAGACCAUCUCCUCCAUUCGUUCAAGAUGUCAUCAAAAUUGCCGAUGGAGCUUUGGGAAAAGAUUUGGGAGUCUUUGAAUGUUCCGGAUCGGGUCAUGGUUCAACGUGUGUGCAAAGAUUGGCAUGGCUACAGCAUUGCAUCCAAAAGGCUGUGGAAAGAUAUGCUGCACAUUCGUGAUGAUCAGUCGGUAAAUGCAGAUACCAAGCUAGAUUAUUCCAUCUUGAAACAAAUCACCGGUUGGACAGAUGAUAUGCAUUUUGAUCAAUUAUCCAUCACACUUCGUUGUGAUACUGCUCAACAGUCUAAUGCAAGCUUCAACUUUCUGGAAAUGUUGCCUUCUACGGAAGUACGUGAUCUCGUGCUUGGCUCUGGUGAAAUUGGAAACGACUCACAACUGAGCAAUUGGACUAGAUUGUAUGGCGUGCGGAUGGAAAAGAUCCAGCAAUGCAUGAAUAUGCGUUCCUUGAUCAUGAAUUUGCCGGCAGGAAGCAUGCCACGCUUAGCAACAAAGGUCAAUGUAACGCCAACACCAUUGGAGAUCUUAAGUAUUUCCAUGAAGAGGGAGCAUUAUCAUGGCCCAUUUGUACAGGAACUGCAAGGCAUCAGAAUCGCUUCUAGCUUCCAAGAAAGCGAUGCUAUCCGUCAAGUUGUAAAAGGAGCUCGAGCAAUUGACUUGAUAGAGUCCCAAGAUCAAAUUUGCGAUCGGUUCACUAUCAGUUUUCUUGGCCUUGCUGCUAGUACUUUGGAAUACCUGACGAUUAAUAUUGUGUCAGCAACUGCUUUCGAACCCAGCUUACUACCUUCUGAGACAACGAUCAUUCAUUUCCCCAAUCUUCGUUUCUUCGCUUUGGAGGCAGACGAUUUACGUAAAGAUGCUGUGAAAUUCAAUUGCCCGAAUUUGCAAUCCUUGCAGGUAAGUCAUGUGCCAAAUUUGGAGAUUUUCAAGCCAUGUCCUCCUUUGCAAUCGUUGUACAUUAAAGGCAAACCGAACGACGAAAGUGAGUAUUGGAAAUUUCUGGAACUCAUUCCAAAUGAGAAUCUCCGAAAUAUGUUCGUUAGGACAAGCCCUUACUUGUUUUGCACAAUUGUCAAUCAAGUACACAACAAGUCUGCUUUGCCUAAUCUCCAAAAGCUAGUCGUGAUCGGACCGAUUCCAUCGUUGAGCGAGCAAGCCAUUUUGGCGUUAUAUGGUCCUUCUUCUUCCAUCAAGCACAAGCUCCGUAAGCUGAUUUGGCAGUGCGUGGGUAUGUCAAGAGAGGAUGAGAACAAGGAAAAGAACGGAUUAGAAUUCAUUUUGAAGUACGUUGCCGAGAAGUUCAUCCGAUACAAUGUCAACCCCGACUUUCCAGAUCUGGCAACUUAUCAAUUCUCGCCCACAAUUUUGGAAGAAUUUGCAGAGUACCGCAAUGUGAUGGAGAAGAGAAAGUUGUUCUUUGACGGAAAUGUGAUCAGAAAGGAUUUCCUUUUCAGCCGCUCAACGACUAGCCAAACUUGACAAUUUUGAAGCAAGUCGAUCUGACAGGGCAAAAUCGUUGAU